UCGUCGCUGGUUAUUCAAUCAGCAUUUAUUGUUUGUUUGAUAAUCUAUUGCAGAUGGCGAUGGCUUUGUUUACGUUCCUGUUGUGUAUUGGAGCGUCCAUUAGAAUCGCUCAGUCAUCACCCUGCCAUGCGCAAUGCACAUAUGACCGGGUAACUGGUAAGGCCGACUGCUCCUCCCGCAAUCUGGACUGCAUCCCCGUCAACUACCCAGACUCCCUCGUCAUGGAUCUCAGCCACAACAACAUAUCGAUACUGGAACCAGCCGAUUUCAACAGGACAUUCACAAGAUUGGUUGAAAUCUACCUUGACUACAACAAUAUAUACGAUGUGACGUCACUUAUGACGUCAACUGAGAUGGGAAGCCUAAAGAAACUGUCGGUUCAACACAACGUCAUUGUGCACUUGGACUAUUCAUGCGGGCUGGAUUCCCUUGAGGAUAUAUCAUUAGACAACAACAUGAUCAAUAGCUUAUACGAAUUUCCACAUUGUCAACGUUUAAGGCGCUUUUCGGCUGAUUCGAAUGAAUUUCAGCAUGGAAUUUCCUUAUUCGUAUUUGAUUCUCUCCCCUCGUUUAUUAGCAUGCGGUUCAACCGAAUAACAUAUUUCCAUAUAGGAACUCAUUUUCCGCUGUUUUUAUUUGAAAAUUUGACCUUGUUAUUGAAUCACAAUGAAAUCAGUGAUGUUCAUAUAGAAUACCACUGGCAUCAAAUUAACCCAACCCUAAUUUCUCUUAGUUAUAAUAGACUACAAUAUGUAUAUGUCCCAGCUCCUAAUGAGUUAAUCAUAGCCAACAAUGGAUUACGUGGACUGAAUAUUGGAAUCUGGGUUUAUCAGCGCGAAAAUAAUAUAAUGAGGAAACUUGACGUAAGGAGCAACUCGUUUGAUUGCCUGAUACAACCAGAUUGGGCAGAAGGUCUCCUUAUCUUACAUGCCAACGGCAACCUGUUGAGAAACCUGUCCUCUACAACCCUGCAAGGAUUCGUCAACCUGACGGAACUCCAUCUAGCAAACAAUCGCCUGCUGUUUAUCUAUCCAACCGCUCUGCAUCAACUCACCCUGCUACGGUCUCUGUAUCUCGAUGACAACGCCUUGACAUCACUAUUUGGUGGGGUAUUUCUCAACCAAGCUGAUCUGUUGGAGCUGUCCAUCACCAAUAACCAACUUUCCGUCUUACAUCCUGAUUACUUUUUCGGUCUGGGCUCGCUUGAACGUUUGUAUCUAGCUGGAAAUCGACUGCUUGACGUCAACCCGGAGAUUUUUCGACUUAUGCCUGGACUUACCACAAUAGAUUUUUCUCAAAACGAUCUAAACAUUUUUGAUAUCACCGAUUCCAAUCUUUUGGAGAUUUUUGGAGCGCUCUCCAGACUUGAGCUUGAAGGCAACCCUCUUCAGUGUGACUGCCGAUUGACGGGUCUACGCGACUGGCUUCUCAACAAUCCCCCGUCUACUCUUCCUCGAUGUCAAGGUCCACCGAAGAACUCCGGAACAGUGGUUACAGACUUGGGCAUACAUGACCUCUCCUGCAAUCCUCCCAAGGCCAUGAUUAAAAAGAAUCACCUCAACUUGACGGUCGGCCAGACAGCGACCCUGUCAUGCACUGCGACUGGUAUACCCAUCCCUAACAUUACAUGGCUGGACCCCAACGGCACGAUGAUACAAAAACCCACUGUCAGCUUCCACCAUAGAAAGGCCUAUCACUCAGACGGAGGCUACGUCAAUAAAGUCAAUGACGACCAGUGCGUAGAGUCUGCAGCCAACAGGUCAGGUAGAGAAGAUGAUUAUGAAGUCACCGUUCGGACGAACGACCCUCCUCAAGUCUACCAAGAACUGGCACUGCAGAACAAAGAUGACGAGUAUGAAUCAGUCUCUGGUAGAGGCGGUCAGUGA